AUGAGAAAAUAUAAUUUUUUUAUAAAAAGUCGCUUAUUCUCUACCUUAACCAAAAUAAAUAGCGUUAAGGAAUAUCAUGAUGAUAUAAUAAAGUGCAUCGAGAAAGUUCGGGUUAUUAAUCCUCUUGUUCAUUGUAUAACUAAUAGAGUAACCACUGAAAAGGUUGCAAACAGUUUAUUAGCCUUUGGCUCUUCUCCGGCUAUGAUUGAUAAUCCUAAGGAAGUUGAAGAAUUUGCUAAAAUAGCUUCAUGUACUUAUUUCAACUUAGGGUUACAUACGACGCAGGUAGAAAAUAUUAAUUUAUUAGAAAAAUUAAGAAAAGAAUGUAUGAAAGAUAAAUUUAUGUUAAUUAUAGAUCCAAUAGCUGUUGGAGCAACAACCUAUAGAACUAAUGUUAUUAAAGAUAUAAUUUUAAAAUGCCAACCUAAUGUAAUAAAAGGUAAUAUUGCUGAAAUUUAUUAUUUAGAUAAAGGAGAAUUUUUGGGGAAGGGUGUAGAUAGUAAUAAUAACAAUACUCAUAAUGAAACAGAUGUAAUUAAUAGUGCCAGAAAUGUUGCAUUAAAAUAUAAUUGUGCUGUAGUAGUUACAUCAAAAACAGAUUAUAUUGUUAGUCCAUGUUCUCUUUAUGUAGCCAAAAUUAAUUGUGAUUUAAAAAUUCUGACAAAAAUUACUGGGUCAGGUUGUUCUGUUGGUGCCCUUUGUGCAGCAGCUACUUCAGUAUAUCCUCAAAACCCAUUCAUAGCAUGUAUAUCUGCUACUCUUAUAUAUAAAUUGGCAGCAUUCAAAGCAUAUCAAAAAGAAAAAUAUCCAGGUUCCCUAAGUCAUAAAAUUAUUGAUGAUAUUUAUUACUAUUCACAUAAUCCUCAUUUUCUCAAUUUCCAAAUCGUAGAUAUUUACAAAGCAGCAUAA